CCUCAAUCGCGGGUGUUUACAACCUUUUUCCGGUUCUCUACCAUGAAAUAUGAAAUACAAGUACAAGCCGAGGCUUGUCUCCGAGGGAUUCUGGGGAACUUUCCGAGGGACUCUGGGGAAUGUGCAAAAUCCGGGGAUUAACCCCAGCCGCCAAAUGAUAACAGGUUAGCGGCAUGAAGUCGGCCAUGAUGUAUAAGAAAGAGCAAAAAGGCUCCCUGUUACGACACCGCCGCAUCAUUGAGAUUUGACUCUCUCUCUGUUGCUCCGAGCUUCUUGACAGACCUUGAACACACCAACCACAAAGAUGUCCGGAAUUCAGAACGCCAUCGACAGCGGUGCCGUGGUGGGCAAUGUCUCCAACAUCUGCCCGCAAGGGACGCGAUUGUACUUGCUCGAGGUUGGCUGGCUUGAGGCCGACGACGCCUUCAUGGUGCGCGGAGCCAAUACAAGCACAAAGAGUACCGAGAACCGCAGUUUCGUCAACAAACGUCGCAAAUUGCCCAUGUACUGCGUGUUGAUCAAACAUCCGCACGAAGGACUGAUCCUCUGGGAGACUGGUAGUGGAUAUGACUACCCUACGAUCUGGGGACCGGCUAUUGCCGACGUUUUCUCGCGGGUGGAAUACAAGCCCGAGCACGAGCUCAAAGCCGCCGUCGAGGCCACGGGCCACAAGCUCGAGGAUAUCAAGAAGAUCAUCAUCGGGCAUCUACACCUCGACCAUGCGGGCGGGCUCGACCAGUUUUUCGACCGCAAGGACGUCGAGAUCUGGGUCCAUGACAAGGAGUUGAAGUCUGCAUUCUGGUCCAUCGCCACCGGGGCCGAUGACCAAGUCUAUCUGAAGCAUUACAUGAAGCUUGAUCUGAAUUGGAAAGUCUUCGACGAACAGAAGCUGGACUUCUGUCAGGGCAUCACGCUCCAUCAUUUGCCGGGCCACACUGACGGUCUCAUCGGGAUUCAGAUCAAUCUUCCGGACAGUGGAACCUUCUUCUUUAUCAGUGACCAUUGCCACGUCAUGGAGAAUUGGCGGGAUGGUAUACCACAGGGUUGGCUGGCUCGUGAUCACCCUUCCUGGUUCAAAAGUACACAGCGUCUGAAGCACCUCGAGAGAACCACAAAGGGCCGCGUCAUUCCCGGUCAUGAUGCCGAGACUUUCCUGGAACUACAGGCUGAGACCAAUGUCAAGGGCUAUCUCACCUGAGACUUCGGUGGUCUUUGGCCAUGUAAUUGCGAUGAAACUGGCUCGCGCACACACGUUGAAGAUUUGGGCUCUAGGCUCUGGAUGCUAUUUGUUUCGUGGCCUCAAGUCAGCUCAUGUUGUUAAGUUUAUAGUCGCCGUCUCCACGCAUUUCAGUGUCAAGUCCAAUCCAGUCGAUGCGGUUUCUGUGAUGGCCGUGUGUAGACAUUUGCAUCCAGCACAUCGACUGCGAAUCAAUGUUGGUGCUUGCGUAACACAAUCAAGUACCACAAGCCGUUGAUCGGCCGUGACAGCUUGUGAGGUGAAUUGAUGGGGUAGAUGGAGCUGGUGGUGCCUUGGGUAUAGAUCAUCGACAAGAGUGUCACGGGCAUGCAGGUGGCCGAAAUGAGUUUCCAGCACAGAGUCAACAGUGAUAUUGGGAGAUCUAAUGGGUCGAAGGUAGGUAUCCACCUUGGAUGUCAGGUAAGUGGAGCCUCGAGUACUG